CUUCCGUGCGCCCGCAGCCACGAAACCGAAGCCCACCCGACCAGCAAAGAGGACGGGGCAGUUGGAGUUGGGAGCCGACGCGGUCGGUGUGAUCCAGUCCUCCCCCGCCUUCCCCGGCGAGCGCAACCGCCCCUGCCGAGCCUUCCCCUUCCCGGGAGGAAGCUUCCACUCCCGCGCGAGCGAGCGAGCGAGCCAUGGCGGAACCCAUCGUCUCCGGCGCCACCGCCGUCCCGCCGCCGCCGGGCGCGCCCUCGUUCUCCUACCUGGCCGUGUUCUACAACUGCCCGCUCGUCGCCGCCGUGCUCGCCUUCGCCAUAGCGCAGUCCAUCAAGGUCCUCACCACCUGGUACAAGGAGAACCGGUGGGACGCGAAGCAGCUAGUGGGUUCCGGCGGGAUGCCGUCCUCGCACUCGGCCACCGUCACCGCGCUUGCCGUCGCCGUCGGCCUGCAGGAGGGCUUCGCGAGUUCGCUCUUCGCCACCGCUGCCGUCUUCGCCUCCGUGGUGAUGUAUGAUGCUUUUGGUGUUAGGCUACAUGCAGGGAAGCAAGCAGAGGUCUUGAAUCAAAUUGUGUAUGAGCUUCCAUCAGAACAUCCACUGGCUGAAACAAGACCACUGCGAGAGCUGCUAGGGCACACACCUCAACAGGUAUUUGCUGGCGGAGUGCUUGGAUUUGCAGUAGCCACAUUUACAGCAAUGAUAGCUGGGCUUGGGAGUUGACUCCACAUUUAAAGGAAUGAUCCACAUUUGCAUUGAUGUUCUGGAAUCCAAAUUGGACACAUGUUUCCAGCCAGCUUAUGGUAGAUAAUGCAUUGUGUCUCACCUGCGUGUUCAGAGAGAGAGAGAGAGAGAGAAAGAUAAUGCGUUGUGUAUAGGUGUAUUUAAUAUGCAAAAUCACUGUCAAUUUAUUGGAGAAAAACUCGCGCCAUUCUUUUGUAGCUAAUCAAUGAGUGAACUAUAUGUUGUAUUCGUUUUUUGUCCAAAGUAUUUGGAGUGAUUGAAGUGUGUCGUGUUAAAGCA